CGAUAGAUAAAGCCGUUGCCUCCUGCUAUAGAGGUUUGGCCUUGGGUUCCCUUGCAGUCCGUGUCGGUCCAACGGGCAAACCGCAUUUCAGUUGCAUACUAUCACGUUUUGCAACUUCUAAUUAACCGCAUAAUAUCGCUUUAUUCAUGGACAUUCCUGAUCCCCAGGUUACAGGUCCGGUGAAAAUGAAAAAACUGGCUAUUGAAAUUGGUGGUGACCAGUGCCGAAGUGCUCUGGAUGAAACAGCCGUGAGGCGAGAACUCGCGCAGUGGCGCAAAGUUAGCCAUUGCAAUGUUGUCUCAGUCUUCGGUGUCUUUUAUCGCGAUUUGACACCAUUCCUGGUCACCUCGUGGAUUGUAGGCAAAAAUCUGAAUGUCUUCUUCAGGGAGAAUGACCAUCUCUCACCGCUCCACCGCAUGCGUAUGAUCCUAAAUGUGGCGUCAGGUCUAGAAUACUUACAUGAAUCCUCCAUUGUCCACGGACAUCUAACUGGGGUACGUUCAAAGUUUGAUUAUCUCCGACAUGGCGUUUCCUACAUAAAACACUUACAGGCCAAUGUCAUCAUAAAUGAAGAAAUGUUGCCAGUUUUAACAGACUUCGGACUCACGUCAGUACGCGGACCCAUGCAGGGUAGCGCCUUCCUUCGAACAUCCAGCGAUGCCCCGGGUGCAAUCAGAUGGGCAGCGACAGAACUUAUUACAAAAGAGGUCGAAAGCCCCACAAUCCACAGCGAUAUCUAUUCUUUCGGCAGCAUCGCGUUGCAGGUAGCCACUGGAAAAGUUCCGUGGAGCGAACUGGAUGACGAUUUUAAUGUCGUUGUGCAACUAAGUCAGGGUCUUGUGCCUCCUCGACCGAAGGACUCCUGGAUCAACGAUGCUCUUUGGGCAUUUAUCGAAAGCUGUUGGGAAUUUGUUCCAGAGGAUCGGCCAAAUUCCGCGAAUGCGCACAUCGUUAUGCAGCGCGAAUCUCUCGCGCUGCUUCGUACGCACAACGAGUGUCCGACUGACAAAGCCAAUCCAGCCGUUACAGAUCGUAGAUAUUCCCUCCAAAAAAGGGGGAGCAUCAGGGACCUGCCGAGUGACAGGAGUGUCCCUCUCCCUGACGCUGCAAUCCAGCCUGAGAGCACGCGCCACGUUAGUGUACCCGGCGCCAAACAGGCUCGCAGAAAAGCUGCUAUCGACCGCCUCCCGCAACCAAUAGUCUCGGACAGGUCCUUCACCUCGGUAAAUAAUUCACCUCCCACACCGAGAUCUUCCACAAAACUCUCCCGCGACCUGGACAUACAUUUAGAUUCAGACUGGAUGGAGAGCGAGGAGGAGACGCACGCAUCUAGUAGCUUGGGUGUUGCUAGCAAAGGGGAUGAGAAGGUUGGAGAUGCUAAUAGGGCAUGGCAGUCCUCGUCAAGUAACUGGGUCGGUACGAGCCUCAGAGCACGACGCGCGUUGCAAGCCCAACUUGACUCAUCCGAGAUGGUUGAGCAGAAGAUUAUGGUGCUACUCGACAAGUUAACUGAUGAGAGCUUUGAUUCGAUCUCAGAUCAGAUCAUCGACUUGAUGAACAAGAACGUGAAUGAGAAGGGCGGGUGGACACUUAUCCAAGUCAGCCGGCUGGUGUACGAGAAGGCUAUGGGUGAUGCUCGUAGUGCGAUGUACGCGCGUUUGUGCCGAAAGAUGAUGGAGCAGACCAGCCAGGGUGCACAAGUCGAUGGGAUAAAGACCAUGGAGGGCAAGACUAUCAUAGGCGGCCAACUCUUUCUGAAAUAUCUCCUCGACUGGUGUCAAGAUGAUUUCGAGCAUGGAUUGCUCGCGAAGGAGUCAAAUGAAUAUUACGCUCUGCCAACGGCGAAGCACCAGGUCCUGAUCAAUUUCAUCUGCGAGCUUUUCAAGCUACAUAUGCUCACAGCGCAUAUCAUGCACGAUCGGCUGUUGAAGACGGCGGGUCAGCUGCUGGAUCCGCCGAAAGGGCGUACGCACAUGGAGGAGUGUUUCUUUCGCAUGAACAAUAUCAAAAGACCGGAUAUCACCCCCCGUGAGCAAUCGAUGCUUAUGGGCGUCAUCGAGUUGCGUGAUAGCAGAUGGGGCAGCGCUGCUGUUGCGACUCGCAGUGCUGUGUUCUAUGCCUGUCAGGAAGCAGUACAUCAUCAAGUUUGGUCACUCCAACAGGUUGUAAUCAGUGAACCAAAUUUCAACGACCGCGACCUCUCGCGUCUGACCGCGCACGAUUCGCGGUUCUUUCUUUUACCAUGGAAGCUCUCAUAUGCUAAUCACUGUGCCUGAGGCCUGAAGCUUGAAGCUUGAAGGGCCGAGGAUCGCACAUACGUCAUGU